AUGUGCUUCGGAAAUAGCCAGACUCUCGACGAUCCGACCCAACCUGCCGCACGCUCCACCAAGCUGUGGGGUCGCGAUAUCUACGACCCUACGCAACAGCCCAUUCACACCACCGAAUCCAACGACGCUGAAAUGAGCAAGGCGCAGGACGAAAGCAAGAAGGAGCGGAAAGGAAGCCACAAACACCGUCCAGAAUUUGUCGAUGUGACCGAUCAAGAUCACGAGCCCAGGCCCAUAGCAAGGACACUCUCUGGCGCGGAAGUUGAAGCAGCGCGCCCCAUGUCAAAGAAGAGCGUUCAGAACAAAUGGCGAAGCAAGAAUUCAGCCGCAUACACCUAUGCCCAAGGUGCUGGAAUGGCUGCGGGUGCAACCUUCGCCGCCAAUGCAAUGUGA